AUGCCCAUCUCUGGCUGUCCUUUCCACUCACUCCUCAGGCAGUUUCCCCACCUGACCAACCCGUCAUUUCGUGAAGUGGACAUCAAACACACAGUCACCCACCAUAUUUCCACCUACGGACCUCCCAAAUCUUGCCGACCACGUCAUCUUGCUCCGGACCGUUUGAAGAUUGCCAAGGCAGAGUUCGAGCACAUGCUCGAGCUCGGCAUCAUCCGACAGUCCGACAGCUGCUGGGCAUCACCCCUCCACCUUGUCCCCAAGAAGAAUGGGGACUGGCGACCGUGUGGUGACUAUCGGGCAUUGAACUCUGUGACUGUCCCCGACCAGUAUCCCGUCCCGCACAUCCAAGACUUCACUCUUUCGCUAUAUGGUAAGCGAAUAUUCUCUAAGAUUGACCUUGUGCGUGCCUACCACCAAAUCCCGAUCGAGGCCAGUGAUGUUCCGAAAACUGCAGUGACCACUCCUUUUGGGUUAUUCAAAUUCACUCGUAUGCUCUUUGGUCUAAGGAACGCUACUCAAACCUUUCAGCGAUUCAUUGAUCAGGUUCUGCGGGGUCUCAACUUCGUCUACGCCUACAUUGAUGAUUUGCUAGUGGCUACUUCUGACGCUGCUGAACACGAGAUUCAUCUUCGACAGCUCUUCGAACGGCUCGACUCCUACGGCGUUAUCAUCAAUGCCGCCAAAUGUGAGUUUGGAGUCCCCAGUCUUAUCUUCCUUGGUCACGAAGUGAACUCAGAUGGGAUAAAGCCCGUCCCGGAAAAGGUUUCGACCAUAUCAGCGUUCCCCGUCCCGACAACCAUCAACCAACUACGCCGCUUCUUGGGGAUGGUGAACUACUAUCACCGUUUUCUUCCCCAUGGUGCCACCAUACUGCAGCCUCUCAACAUCCUGUUGACCCACUCCAAGAAGACACUAGUGAUGACCGAGGAGGCCGUCAGGUCCUUCAAUGACGACAAGGCCGCACUUGCGAGCGCAACACUGCUUGCUCACCCCCGCUCAGAUGCCCGGCUAACUCUCAUGACAGAUGCUUCCAGCAUUGCAGUCGGUGCAUCACUGCAGCAAACUGUUAGUGGUGUUCUACAGCCUUUGGCUUUCUUCUCGAAGAAGCUCAACCCAGCAGAGACCCGCUACAGUGUCUUCGGCCGCGAACUCCUUGCCGUCUAUCUAUCCAUCCGGCACUUCCGCCAUUUCCUGGAGGGUCGUGAAUUUGUUGUUCUAACAGAUCACAAGCCAUUCGUUUUUGCACUGAGGGCCUCUCCCGAUCGAUACUCGCCCCGUGAAAUUCGUCAUCUAGACUUAAUCUCACAGUUUUCCUGCGACAUCCAACAUGUCCAUGGUAAGGAAAAUGUGGUUGCUGAUGCUCUCUUAAGAAUCGAGAUGGCUUCCAUCACAACUGACGCCAUAAACUUCACACUCAUGCCUGAGGCUCGGCGAUCGGAUGACGAGCUCUCACAAUACCGCCACGAGGACUCUUCUUUACGCCUUCAAGAUGUCCCCCUUCCCACUGGCACUGGCACCAUCACGUAG